AUGGCACCUAGACUCCCUCCUCCACCCCAACCUACGGAACCUGAUGCGUCCAACAACGCUAGGUUGUUGGAGACGGUGAUAGACCGCUUACAGCAACAGAACACGACACUUAUGGAACAAAAUGCCACUCUAAUGCAGCAGAAUCAGAGUGCCAUGCAGAGUUUGGAAGCUUCGCGUGCCAACUCUGAAACGACACAAAGACAAUUGAUGGAGAUCUUAGCAGCGACCAGGCAUAAUGCAGGGGCGUCUUCUUCCAACGCAUCCCCGCCUACUGUCGAGUGGAGCUUGGAGAGUUUUCUCCAACACCAUCCAGCCAAAUUCAGUGGAAAAUGCCUUCCUGAUGAGGCGGACCAGUGGCUGAGAGACAUAGAACGUAUCUACAACGCUAAGAGGUGUCCGGAUGAAAGCCGCCUGGCUUUUACAGAAUAUUUACUGACUGGUGAAGCUAGCCAUUGGUGGACGAGUGUGAAAACCAUCUUAACGGACGCUCAGAAUCCCAUCACCUGGGCUGUUUUCAGAGGCAAAUUUUACGAAGAGUACUUCCCGGACAACGUUCGUUACGCUAAGGAAGUUGAGUUUCUUCAGCUGGCGCAAGGAGCGAAGUCCGUGUCGGAGUAUACCAACACCUUUAAACAUCUUCUGAGGUUCAACACGAUGGCCACCAGUGAGGAGUGGCAGUGUAGGAAAUUCGAGAACGGACUGUGGAGUGAUUUGAAGGUAUUGAUUUCCAGUUUAUGCAUCCGGUCGUUCCCAGCCAUGGUUGAAAGGGCUAAAGUAUUAGAGAAAAAUAUGGCUGAGGCGGAACAACAGAAGAAACAACAGGCGUCAAGAGGACCAAUCCUGUCGAGACCUACUGUGAAUCGGAACAGGACCCCAUACGCUCGUCCAGCUCAGUCGAGUGGUUCACAAGCUAUGGUAGUUGCUGGACAAGCAAAUCAACCGGGUUUUCAGUGCGGAGGACCUCACUUUAGAUCAUCAUGCCCUCAGUUGGUUGGAGGGAAAUAUUGCACUCGUUGUAAAAGAAACGGUCAUCUGGAAAACGAGUGUAAUAUGGGCGGACGUGCAGUGAUGAGACCGCCGAACGCUGGAAGGGCUCAGCAAGGAAGAGGUGGUCGAGCCCAAGCUGUGGGGCGUGUAUAUGCAAUCACGGGUGCGGAAGCAGCAAGUUCAGGUACACUUAUUACCAGCACGUGUUUGCUAUAUGGAAUGAAAUGUUGUGUGCUGUUUGACUCGGGGGCGACACACUCCUUCAUCUCGAAGGCGUGCGUUGAUAAGCUGGGAUUAGCUGAGAGUGAGAUGCAGUUCGACUUGGUGGUGUCAACCCCAACGACUGGAGAGGUUAGGACAUCUACCGUGUGCGUUAGAUGUCCUAUUGAGGUAGAAGGGCGUAGAUACAAGGUGAAUUUGAUAUGUUUGCCUCUCAAGGAUUUAGAAGUAAUUUUGGGGAUGGAUUGGCUGAAUACCAAUUGCAUUCUCAUAGAUUGUGGGGCUAAGGAAUUGAUUUUUCCUGAGGAAGGUGAAGAAGAGUUGGGUGUGACGCUCAGUCACAUUAAGGAAGAUAUAAUGGAAGGCGCCAGUUGCUUCUUAAUCAUGACGCAUGAAGACAGAGAGGUUACGGAUAACAGUUUUGAACGUUCGUCCAACAAGCAUACUGAAGGACGAACGGUUGUGGACGAAUUCCCGGACGUCUUCCCGGAUGAGGUGCCUGGAUUGCCUCCCGUUCGUGAAGUUGAGUUCACCAUAGAUUUGGUAACUACCGCGGCUCCUAUAUCCGUUCAACCGUAUAGAAUGGCACCCGCUGAAUUGGUCGAGCUUAAAAAGCAAAUUGAAGAGUUGAUGGACAAGAGGUUCAUCUGUCCAAGCGUGUCACCUUGGGGAGCACCUGUGUUGUUGGUGAAGAAGAAGGAUGGCAGCUCUCGGCUAUGCAUUGACUAUCGGCAAUUGAAUAAGCUGACCAUCAAGAACAAAUACCCCUUGCCUCGCAUUGACGAUCUACUGGAUCAAUUACAUGGAGCGAGCGUCUUCUCAAAGAUUGAUCUAAGAUCGGGAUACCACCAGAUCCGGGUUAAGGAAGGAGACAUUCAGAAGACGGCCUUCCGUUCACGUUAUGGACAUUACGAGUACGUGGUCAUGCCGUUCGGUGUGACGAACGCUCCAGCAGUCUUCAUGGACUAUAUGAACAGAAUCUUCAGGCCGUACUUGGACAAGUUUGUAGUGGUGUUCAUUGACGAUAUUCUCAUCUACUCCAAGAGCUGUGAAGAACAUGAAGAGCACUUAAGGUUGGUACUUGGAGUGUUGAGAGAAAGAGAGCUGUACGCUAAGUUAUCCAAAUGUGAAUUCUGGAUGAAGGAAGUGCAGUUUUUGGGUCACAUUGUGUCCGCUGGAGGGAUUUCAGUUGAUCCGACCAAGGUGCGAGCGGUAUUGGAAUGGGAAAGCCCUCGUUCGGUAACAGAAGUUAGAAGCUUUGUGGGACUCGCGGGCUACUAUAGGCGUUUCAUAGAAGGAUUCUCUAAGAUAGUAGCACCGUUAACACAACUGACCAGGAAGGAUCACCCGUUCGCCUGGACUGAUCGGUGUGAAUCUAGUUUUCAAGAGCUGAAGCGGAAGUUGACGAGCGCUCCAGUUUUGGUAAUUCCGGACACUACCAAACCUUUUGAAGUUUACUGUGACGCAUCUCACCAAGGUUUGGGGUGCGUUCUUAUGCAAGAGAAACGAGCAGUGGCGUACGCCUCUCGGCAAUUGAAGAUACAUGAGAGGAAUUAUCCAACGCACGACCUAGAGCUGGCAGCGGUCGUCUUUGCCCUGAAGAUUUGGAGACACUACUUGUAUGGAUCCGUUUUCCAAGUCUUUAGUGAUCAUAAGAGCCUCAAGUACCUCUUUGAUCAAAAGGAGUUGAAUAUGAGACAGCGGAGGUGGCUUGAAUUCAUAAAGGAUUAUGAUUUCGAGUUGCUUUAUCACCCUGGUAAAGCAAACGUUGUGGCGGACGCUCUAAGCAGGAAGGUGGUGCAUGUGUCGUCCAUGAUGGUGCGCGAGCGGAGCUUAGUGGAGAGUUUCAGAGAUCUAAGGUUACAGUUUGAGUUAGAACCGAGCAGCAUCAAGUGCUGUAACCUUAGAAUAUCUAGCAAUGUGUUUGAUCGAAUUAAGAUGAAGCAACGUGAGGACGAAGAGCUAGUGAAGAUCUUAAGCGCGCUCGGUACGGAUCAAGCUAAGUGGUUCAAUACGGGAACGGACGGCAUGUUGCGUUACAUGGGUAGAACCAUUUCAAUGGACUUCGUGACUCAUUUGCCUCGCACGGUCAAGAAUCACGAUUCGAUUUGGGUGAUAGUGGAUCAUCUAACAAAGAGUGCUCACUUCCUAGCUGUCAACUUGAAGAUGUCCAUGACCAACUUGGCCAAGCUCUACAUCAAAGAGAUCUCGUUGCAAAGCGAACUGGGCAGCAAACUCCAAAUGAGUUCAGCGUACCAUCCUCAGACGGACGGUCAAUCCGAGAGAACAAUCCAGACGCUCGAGGAUUUAUUACGGACGUGCGUACUUGAUCACAUGGGCGUUUGGGAUGAAAUACUGCCGUUAGUAGAGUUCACCUACAACAACAGCUUCCAGUCCAGCAUUGGAAUGGCUCCUUUUGAAGCACUUUACGGACGCAAAUGCCGCACGCCACUUUGCUGGUUUCAAGAAGGAGAAAACAUAUUGACGGGACCGGAGCUCGUUCAACAAACGACUGACAAGGUGAAAUUAAUUCAAGAGAGAUUGAAGACAUCCAGAAGCAGGCAGAAGUCAUAUGCCGAUAAGAGAAGACGACCCUUGGAGUUCAAAGCUGGCGAUCACGUUUUCCUAAGGAUGAAUCCGACUACUGGAGUAGGAAGAGCGUUGAGAUCAAAGAAGUUAUCUCCCAAGUUCGUGGGGCCUUAUCAGAUCUUGAGAAGAAUUGGACCUGUUGCAUACGAACUAGCCCUGCCUCCACAAUUAUCCAACCUUCAUCCGGUAUUUCACGUCUCUCAACUCCGGAAGUACGUGUCUGAUCCCUCGCACAUAUUGGAGCUGGAGGACGUUCGUCUUCGACAAGACCGAACGCUUGAGAUGAAGCCGAUUCGCGUUGAAGACGUUCGCACUAAGCUAUACAAAGGGAAGGACGUUCGACUGGUGAGAGUGAUAUGGGACGACAAGACUGGCGACUCUACUUGGGAAGUUGAGGAUGCCAUGAGAGACUUAUACCCUCAUCUAUUUCCUGGUAAGAUUUAA